UGUCUGUGCGUGUGUGUGUGUAUAGGUGUGUGUCUGUGUGUGUCUUUGUGUGUGUGUCUGCUAAACUGGAUGAAUAGCUUAAAUACGUAAGAAUAAGUUGAAGUAGCGAGAGUGGUUGAAAAAGUACAACAACAUCCUACACUGUGACACAUUGAUUAAUGUACCACAGCAGGAUUUGAACCCUGGUCCUCCACACCAAAGCCCGUACCCGCCGGCAGUAGGACUGCCAAACACAUCCUAACGCUCUCCUAACAAUUCCUAACGCUCUCCUAACAAGUCCUAACAAUUCCUAACGCUCUCCUAACAAGUCCUAACAAUUCCUAACAUAUCCGAACAAGGUCCUAACAUGGGGUAAAACAGCCAAUCAGUUCCUAAGAAACGAUGUUGCGACGCAUCCAAUCAUCAACAACUGCUGCCUCGACGCACGGUUGUCUGAUUGAAAUGACAAAGACUGGGAAACCAGAUGCCUACUGGGCAGGUGUGAUGUCCCUGUAUGCCCAGGGAAAGUACACAUUUACAACUGGCAAGAGGCCGGGGUCCAGGAGAUGGAGGGCGGUAAUGCUGCGGAUUGGUGAUUGUCCUCUGACCCCCCUGAAAGGUCAAACUACUGUCCGCAAACUAGACAUAUUUGGGAAAACAAUCCCCUGCAAGUGUGGAUACCACCAGUCAGCAGAGAAGGCAGGGACAGCAGCAUCCAGUCAAGGUCAGUUGAGGGCUCCACAGGCCAGUGCUGCAACCCAGUUUGGGUUUUCCCAGUCAGCAGAGAAGGCAGGGACAGCAGCAUCCAGUCAAGGUCAGCUGUGUCUCAAUUCAGCUGAGAGUUUACAGGCCAGUGCAGGUGCAACAGCUACAGGUUCUCAGGCCAGUGCAGCAGCUGGGAAAGCUGUUACAGUUCCAGGACCACAGACAGGUGUAGCUCAGAAAACUCAAGCUCUGUGCAGGAUGAGCGAGGGGAAGUCUCUCACAUGCUCGCUGUGUAGUCAGGAGAUGAUGUGCGAGGACUACACGCAGCACCUGUCAGACUACCACACCCAGGAGCAGUGUGAGCAGUGUGGAGCAAAGGCCUGGGGGGCUUUUGGAUUGUUACAGCACAUAGAGGAAUGUCACCUUUUGACCUGUCCAACAGACCUCCCAGAUGUUGCUGCUCCUACCACUCCCAUAGCCCAAGAGACAAAACAGCAACCCAGUGACCCACCCGAUGUUCCUGCCCCUGUUCCUGCUCCUCCCACAACCCAUGAGACGUCACUAGCACCACCACGACACCCACUCACUCUGCAGCCUCCUGAGGUAAACUGGGUGAAUUUUCUACCCAAGCAGUUCACCAGAGUCAUCCAGCCAGCUGACCAGGAGUGGAUCGCCCACAUUUUAUAUGACAGUACUGGACAGCUGAAACAAAACCUGUCUCAGAACUGGUUUCAUCCCCCCAGCCCCACCAAAUCCAUCUCACCUCCUGAUCCACAUAAUUAUUUCCGCCAGCGGAUGUUCCUGUGGGCUCCAAUGCGGAUGUGGGGCAUCCCUCUGAAAUGCACCCAGUGCAAUAGGAAGAUGCACCAUUCUGGCAUUUACACUAAAGCCAGGGAGGUAAUUGACAUUGAUUCGAAAUAUUACCUGGUGGGUGGAGACUAUCCAAGGUGCAGCAAAUGCAUGAUUCCCGUCUGCCCUUGGAGCAUUGACAUUUUAAAACAGCUCGAUCCCUCCCACCGUUACAAAUUCCCAGCUGUUCUCACAACCCAUUUGGCACUGGACAGGAGGUGUGUUGCGAUGUUGCGCCCAAGAACAUUAGGGAACAGCUCCAGCUAUUUACAGCAAGCCUUGCAGGAGAUACACAGUGAGGAGUGGGCUAGGCGGACCAUCGACUACCUCACUGAUUGUGAGGUCCACAAAAAGUCCUGUGUCCUCACCCAGUCUGAAGCUCUGUAUCAGCCGCCACCACCCUUCAAUCCCCUGCCCCUGGCCCAGUGGUUUGAGACGGUUCAUGCCAAUGACAUUCUGAGUCACCUUGACGAGUUGAAGGGUGUGAUCACUUCAACGCUUGGUAGAAUCUUGAAACUGGACUCUACUAAGAAGAUCACAAAAAAACUUGCUGGUGGCAUUGAGGGCACAGCAACAUGGAUGUCUAAUAUCGGCAAUGAAUUUGGGCAAGUGCUGAAUUCUGUGCUGACCACUGGUGAGGGGGCUGGCCUUGAUGACCUUUGUCAAGGCAUCGUCAAAAGGUACAGCGACGCUGGGGUGGGUCCAGUUCUCACUUGGUUUCGACCAUGGACGUCAACGGUGAGACUGGAUAUUUUCCAUUUUAUGAGGCGGUUCACAAAGGGUCUUACGACGGAGCACCACCCACUGUAUGGCACGUUCUGCUCAAAGUUGUCCACUUGUAUCUUUGAGUGGGACAAAGAGGACAUUCACCAACUCAAAGAGGCCAAGAGGGCAGAGUUAAAAAAAAAGCACCAGGGUCACGUACCCACUGACUCUCGGGUGUUAUCCAGCAUCACAUCCAGUGAGCUGGUCAAGCACUGCCGCAGGAGAACCCGAGGGGUUGAGGAGACCCGCGUUCUAAUCCAGCAACUGCUGGACUCCAUGUGGGACCUCACAGACACAAGUGGCUUGCAUCUCAUAAAUCAUGACAGCAUGUCUCUUGUGUGGGAGGUACAGCCUGAGAAGAAGGGAGACAAAACGCUGGACGUCCUAAGAUGUGGCAGAGGAUCCUCCUCGCUCGAGAGCUUUCAUCUGCACCAGUGUGGUUUCAUCCCAGGUUGGAGAUGUAAUGCUCUACAUACACAGAUGUACUUGCUUGAGGGGUUAUCCAGAUGGAACCAUAAUAGGUCUCAGCAAGCUCUGGGUAUGAGUGGUACAUCACGUACAAAGAUGUACGAUGUACGUUUGAUGUCCAGUGUGAACGUCCUGAGCAACAGAGUCCUAGGAAGUGGACUUCUUCCAGAGUUUAUACCCCCGGGGAAACCUACCGGAGAGCGUAUUGCUGUGGAAUAUUUGCUAGCGCAGUCUAACCGGGGAGAUCUGCUGAGUGCACAGAAGGAAAUUGGUGCCAUUCCACCAGAGAUGCUGGAUGAAGCUCAGGAGGAUGAAUGUCCUGAUGUGACCAUACCCCAGGCCACUGAUAUAUCUUUUCAGUCUUCAUCUCAGGAAUCUACACUUGAAAGUGGUGUGUUCAGCAGUCCUGCCAGCUCCCCGUUUGAGGACAGUGGGCCCAUCACUUCAACUCUGGAUAGUCGGUGUGAUCCUAGAGGAAAAUUCCCGGAUGGGAGGCAGUCGAUGCCUUGGCAGGGUAUCUUGUCAGCCUCAAUCCGGACAAAAUAA